AUGCGCUUACGACAGUCAUGCCAAUACAGCAGGAACUAUGAAUUCUUUGACAAGCCUCAAGGGGGCGAUCGAGUUCUGACUACAACAAUUGGAGGAGAAAAUGGAGAUGAUGAUAGAGGGCUCACUGUGCGGAUCGCCAUUAUCCCUCAUAUGAACGAAGGUCAGAGUACUGAUUACGACAGCCAAAGUCGUCAAGUUAGGACACCCAGGUCGGCUUCCCAGGCGCCACAAAGUCGCGAGAAUACAGAAUCAAUUGAGCAACAAGAUGUGCAGGAAGAUGAAGUGAUAAUUCGGACUACAAACCCUCUUCCAUUUUCACUGCCGUCAAAGGAGAUCGUUGCAGAAGGAAUUGCCCUCUACUUCAAAUAUUGUCAUAAACAGCCCCUUUGGUUAUUUGAUCCGGAUGAUAUUUCAAUACCUGGAGCUUGUCGCAGAGAAGUGGUUUUCGGAAUGCUCAGUCUUGCUCUGCGCUAUUCAAAUAAUGCUUUCUUGGGCGAACGGACAGAUCAAUUGUGUCGAUACUACGCCGAAGCUACUCGAAGCUAUGCUAUGUUUCGGAUCGCCCAGGGAACAGUGGAUCUUUCAACCAUUAAAAGCCUCUGUCUGGUCGCAUUGGCAGAGUAUAUAGCUAAUGACACGCAUCUCGUUUGGCUGCACAUUGGCCUUGCAUCAAAUCUCACUCAAUGCGCUGGUAUUGACAUUGAAAUGCAUGAGGGAGAUUUUAGUCCCGUUCUUGAAGAGCGAAGGCGGGUUUUCUGGAGCAUCCAUGUUCUCAAGCAACACUAUGCGCCACACAGUAUGCAUCUCAAUAUGCUGCGGGAUAUCCAUAGUCCAAAAUACAUGGCAGUUAAUAAUGGUUCUCCGCGUGAGAUGGGGAUGAAGCCGCCACAGACUCCUCAGGAAAACGGUGCCUUCACUUCUAGAGGCGGUAUCUGGGUUUACAUGGUGCAACUGGCGACUCUGUGGAGCGAAGUUCAAGAAUACGUUUCACAUUGCGCCGGUGGAUAUUCUACACCUCCUUGGUCCGUUGAUUCUGGAUAUUCAAUUAUUGGAGCCCAUUUGAUGGACAUUGAGACGAAAUUUCCCACCUGCAACAGAUACGACUCCGUGAGAUUCCAGGAUCAGUCACGGGAAGAAUUACAUCGAGACCGGGGCUACUGGAGUCCUUGGCUCUACCUUCAGUUCACCUAUCACGCUGUCCACAGCGUUCUCAACCACCCUUUUCUCUACUCAUGGCGACCACAGCAGUCAGCUCAGCUGGCAGUACCGAACACGUUUUGGAAGACAUCAUCUGAGUUGGCACUGAUUCACACAACAUGGACAGUUCGCCUAAUUGACAUGAUUGUCGAAAAAGAGUAUGACAUAUCUGAUCCGUUUCUAUGCCAUGCAGUGGCAAUAGCAGCCACAAUUCAUCUUUAUUACUGCUGUGCCGCGGAUACCACUAUGCGAGAAUCCGCUCACCGGAAGCUCGAAACUUGCACACGAUACUUGAGCAACCUUGCUACAAAAUGGCCAAGAUGCCAGGUGCUGCAUCAAAAAAUCCAAGAGCUUACUCAGUCAGCAUUUGCUGUUAGCCCGCGUGCGAACCAUCAUCGUCUAGCCCGAAGGACACUGUCAAUAGAUACUACGUUGAUGUGGGACAUUCUAUGCCACAGCUCUAGUAAAAUUACUCUUGCUUCCCCAGGAGAAGGUCUCUUUGACAAGUCAUUUAUACCGCCUCCGCCAAAGAACCAGAAUAAAAUGACCGUUGAGACAGAAGUUUUCCAUCAUUCCGCUAGAGCGGUGGAUACAUCAGAUGGAGGCCAGGCAUUGCCACCAUAUUCGAGUACUUUUGACCAGGAAGCUUCAGAAAACUCAGAAAAUGAGCCAUGGAUCCGAUCUAGUCGAAAUUCGGUUGAUUAUAAUGGUACUGGUGGCCCACCUCAACAGCCGCUGCCACGGGAUCCAUUAGGAUGGCCAGGUUCUGGGUUUCCGACAGAAAUGUCUUUCAUGGAUAUUACACAUGAUCCGUUCUUUCAAUUUCAGGAUCAUGAGAAUCCUUAUCGGGGAGUUUGGGAGGUGGGAAAUUUGUAA